AUGCCCGGCGUGAGUUUCCUAGACUUCCCCGCGGAAAUCCGCCAACACGUCCUCUUCGAGUCAAUAGCCUUGGACGAGAUCGAGGCAUACAUUCAGCGAGAAGAGUACCAGAGGCAAUGCGCCAUCACGGCAGAGAACAAGAGAAGAUACGGUUCGGACUAUGCGUCUUAUAUAUACCGCAUCGCCGUGUGGAAUCACGUGCAGCGCUUCUUCAGUGCACACUUCCAAGCAACUAGACAGGCGUUCAACCACGCCCUGGAUGCAGACAUUGGGGCAGCGAUACAGCUGUGGAACAGAAAACUGGCGCGUGAGAGGGAGGAAUUCAGCUGUCGAUGCCGGGACAGAGUCAUACAGCUCUUGCUCACGAACUUGCAGGACGACACUGACUUUGCCACCAUCUGGUAUAUCAGCAACGAAUAG